AUGUCGGCACAGCAGCCUCACCCGUACUACUGGCCCCUAAUGGCCGCGGGCAUUACGGCGACAUCCUUCCUCGCCGGAAACCAACUGAGCCUGUCUCAUGUAUCAAUGGCGACAAUCUCCGACGUGGAAACCAAGGCUAUGAUGUCCGAAGAAACUCGACUCGACCAGUUCAAAGUCAUAUUUCAACGCGGCAUGCACCUCUGUCCGACAUCCGCCAUCUUUGCGGCCCUCUGCUAUUUUGGAAACGCCGGUAUCACAGCAUAUUACACCAAAGGGCCCCUUUGGCCUCUGCCGGGGCGAGUCGCGAAGCUCCUCCUACCAGGGGUGCUAGCGGUCGGUAUCAUGCCUUACACCAUCGCCCUGAUCGUCCCGCUCGAGGAAAAGCUGCUGCGUAAAGAGACAUUGGGAAAUGGAAUCGCCUGA